AUGAGUCAAGAAGAUCAAUUUGACAAUCUGGAAGAAAUUAAUUUGAUUGAUUUAAAUUCUGAAAACCCAUAUGGGAAUGUUGAAUUAAGAGAAGGCAGUACGGACGAAGAGAAUGCUCAAUUAAUUGCUCAUCAAACGGUUCAACCAAAUUCCUCUGAAAUCUUAGAUGAAAGAAAUGAAUCUAAUGAAAGAAAAGUUGAUGCAUGGUUAGUUAGUGCUGGAUGCAAUGAAAAUUUAAUUUGUUUCACAAGGUUAUAUGGUGUGACUUUUUAUGAUGAGGAUGGUAAUAAAAUUAAAGGAAUAUGGUUGCAAGGUGGCGAACCAGGUGACAUAAAGCCUAUUAUUAUUGGUAAGAAGAGUAACGUUGAAGUGGAUUUCAAUAUUGUUAAUAUGGAAAAUUUUAUAAUCGAGGGUGGUAUCUCGUUUAACAAUACUCACGAUUUCUGUAAAGAUUUAGAGAACCUUUAUAAUGAUAUGGAAUUGAAUGGGAGAGGUAAUAAACAAGCAUCGAAGAGUUUACUUGCUCCCGUUAUGUUUCAUUCGAAAGGUUAUAUUCCAAAAAGAGGUAGUUGUCUUAGGAAGAAAGAUACACUGAGAGUUCCAUACAAAAGUAAAAUUUUGCAAAAUCACAGGCUAGCUUUUAAUUAUUAUAUAAAUUACAUAAAAAUAUUCACAUAG